UUUUUAUAAAAACAAGGAACGUUACAUUUAUAAGCAGACAGAAUGAAUCGAGACCGGCAUAAGAGAAUGUGAGACCUACCUCAUGUCUGAAAGUCCUUUCACGGCUUAUAGCAGAGAGUUACAGUGCCCGAGUCUACAAAAAUUUGGUUUUGUAAUCCUAGCUUCAAAAACCCAGACUGCUAACACUUUUGGAACUGGUCCGGAGUUUUUUGCUGUUAUAAAAAAGAAAUCAAUAGGCGAUUUUCUGCGCUAAACCAUGUGAUUCAUACCAAAAGCAUAUUUGUGUGUUAUCUUGGUUUCUGAGAUUAAAAGUCUUGGAGGAGCAGGAAGGAGGAGGUAUCGAUCGAGUUCUGGGUCGUAACAAGGAGGGUAUAUCAUCGCUUGUCUCGUCAGUCGUGUCAUCUACCAAGCUGCAGCUUUAUCGUUCUACGCGGCUUAAGGCAUCACACUCAUCCGUGUAUUGAUUUCUGGGAAGGUUUUCCUGUGUGUGACUUCCGGUGCUAAGCUUCAGCACAUUAUUAUGGAGACACGAAACGACGUCGUGGAAAGUCCUAGUAUCUUCGAUCUGAACUACGUACUGAGUAGUUGUUCAAACUUCUCUCCGGACUUAGAAGAAGAAGAGCGGGCGUCAAAACCGACCUUGAACUUGCUGGAUGUUAAUUAUGAGGUCAAAGAAAGGGUGGGCCCGUGGUGGAAGGGGGCGUGUUUCCGGAGACAGAGGAAAAAGACCGUACUCCGUGACGUCACUAUGCAGUUAAAGAGUGGGCUACUCACAGCAAUACUCGGAAGUUCAGGAUCUGGUAAAACUUCCCUCCUGGAUGUUAUAGCCUGUAGAACAGAGGGUCAAGUCACUGGCAAGGUUUACUACAACAAUUAUGAAUGUUCUAAAGAAGUUAUAAAACAGUACGGCGCUUAUGUCAUGCAGGCCGAUCGUUUCCUCCACAAUCUGACAGUGAGAGAGACGCUACGAUACGCCGCCUUUCUACGGCUGCCCGGGCGGACCAAACAAUUCGAAAUUGAAAGCAAGGUGAAUAAUGUUAUAAAUGAGAUGGGAUUGAAGAACGUAGCUGACAGCAGAAUCGGAGGUUCCAUAGUUCGAGGAAUUUCUGGCGGUGAACGAAGAAGAGUUACAAUUGCUCUACAGCUCUUACAAGAUCCAAAGAUUUUACUGCUAGACGAACCUACCACUGGCCUAGACAGUUACACAGCGCACUAUUUAGUCUCAAACCUCCGCGACAUUGCUCGAAGAGGUAAACUGGUUCUGCUCACCAUCCAUCAGCCUCGAUCUGACAUCUUUAAGCUCUUUGAUGAAGUCGGUAUUCUCAGUAUGGGUGACAUGGUGUAUUUUGGCGGGGCAGAACAGAUGCUGGACCACUUCCAAAACAUUGGAUACCCAUGUCCUACGUAUGCAAAUCCAUUGGAUUUUUACGUUGACUUGGCCAGUAUAGACAGAAGAGACCAUCAAAGAGAACACGAAACCGCUACAAGAGUGCGCCACCUGGUGGACACAUUUUACAAAUCAGAGACCCAUAACGAGACUGUUAAUGACGUCAACGAGGCAACAAUGCGACCAACAAACAGAGCAACCAUGCUGUAUUUCUACAAACCACGACCGCCAAAUGUGUUUCGAGUGAUGUUUACCCUGUGGAAACGGAUGAUGGUGAACUUAAUGAGAGACCGCACGAUCUAUAUUCCGCGCGUAUUUAUGUUGGCGCUCUUUGUUCCGUUUAUCUGCGCCUUCCUGGGCCACAUGAAAACCAAUCAGGAAAGUAUACAGGACCGGAUCGGGUUGAUGUAUCAGUCCGCCAGUGUGCCCCCGUACGUCUCCAUUCUUAAUGCCGUGGCCAUUUUUCCGCCCCUGAGGGACCUUUACUACAGGGAAUGCCGGGACGGUUUGUACACAACUGCUACUUUUAUUAUGACGUAUGCAAUCCACAUUCUACCCUUCCAUAUUAUCGCCAGCUUCAUCUUCAGUAUUGUCGUCUACUGGGUGACGGGGUUAUAUCCGACAUGGGACAGGUUCGCCAUCUAUUACGCCGUGGUGUGCGUCCUCCACUUUAUAGGCGAGAUAAUCACGGUGGGGACGAUGGGGGUCCUUAUCGACCCUAACAUUGCCAACAGUACGUCAGCCCUGGUCCUUACCGCCUCCCUCCUCCUGGCCUCGGGACUUCUCAGAAGUAUAAAGAACAUGCUGGAGAUUUUUCAGUGGGCGAGUUGGCUCAGCGUACAUAAAUACAGCACAGAAAUUCUAAUGGCCAACGAGUUUAAUGGGCUCAACUUCACCUGCCCACCGCCUGAUCAAGGGGUUUGUCAAUAUGAGACAGGUAACCAGUAUUUACAGGACUUCUAUCCGGACGCUGUAGACAACAUGCACACAAACUUCUGGGCCCUGGGAGGCUUUAGUGUCUCUUUCGUUGUGUUUACGAUCAUAGCCUUUAAAAUCCGAGGUAUACCGAACCUCAACUAGUGAACUAGAUACCUCGAGACAUUCGGACCUCAUUUGAGGAGUACCUUUCCUCAAUUUGGCCAAAAACAGUGAGAGUUUUAACAAAGAAUACCACUUCCACGAGAUUGUUUAAAAUAUUAUUCAAUAUUGACAUUGUUACAACGAGAUUUUGUUUAUUUACAUUGUAAAAUUUAUUUAUUUAUAUGUUGUUUAAAUGUUUUUAUUGUUACAUUGUCUGUGAUAAAUAAAUCAGAAAUCUUCAAAGACAAAA